UAGACGGAAGAAGCUCGGCGUAGCCUCCUCUUCCCCUCGAUGCUGUCCGGGCAGCGAGGGAAUCGUUGAUCGAGUCACGGAUCGGGGGGUGAUCGGCGGGACUCGAGGUUCUCGCUGGAGGGGGGGCGGCUCCCCCACCCGCUAGCAUCCGGAUCCACAUCCAGUGUCAUUACAGGGACUGGCGGCAAGUCCAGUCCGUGCCCAGGGGUCCUAGAACAGCCAUAUUUGCGUGCAGCCGGAGCUCAUCAGCAAGGAACCGCUGGGACACAUCAUGAUGGGAAAAGCAAGCCACUGUAGUUAUGUGCUCCAGCAGCUCUACAACCAGAGAGAAUGGGGCUUCCUCUGCGACUGCUGUAUCUCCAUCAGUGACAUCUACUUCCAAGCCCACAAGGCCGUCCUUGCCGCCUGCAGUUCUUACUUCAAAAUGAUGUUUAUAAAUCAUCAGCACACCAUGGCGCAGAUCAACCUCACUAACACCAAGAUCAGUGCCGAAUGUUUCGACCUGAUACUGCAGUUCAUGUACCUGGGUAAAAUCCUUAAGGCGCCAGAAAAUUUUGAACAGUUGAAGCACGCCAUGAGUUACUUGCAGCUCUAUGUUAUCCCUGACUGCUUGGAAGACAUACAGGAUAUCGAUUCUUCCAUUAAAUGCUCCUCCUCUGCCUCAAGUAGCCUGAGUAGCAAAAUGGUAUUUGGCGUUCGUAUGUAUGAGGAACCCAAGGCAAAGAGCAGAGAGGAGCCAAGCAAGAGGCCGACGGAGCCCGAGUUACCUGUGAACACUGUUCCUGAAAAGCAGGUUGAACAAAGCGUACCUCCUGUGCUACGUAAGCAGCUGCAGAACGUCUGCAAGAAAACACCUUCCCUAAAAGUGUCUAACCCAAGAGAGCGUGGGAGCAGGCGCUUUGGACGCAGCUACACCUGCGAGAGCUGCGGUUUCGCAUUCAGUUGCGAAAAGCUUCUCGAUGAGCACUCUCAGACUUGCACUAAUAGGCAUUUCUUCCAAAACAGAGACCAUUCCAGCAACGACCCAAGCCAGAGCGGGAGCGAAUCUCCGGCCUCAAAGUUUUCUCCAUCCCAAGACAACGCCCAUAGGGCAGACUCAAGUCAAUACGCGGAGGCGUCUGUGUCUUCCCAGGGUGCGAAAAACUCAUCUGUCAUUCUGGACCAAAUAAAGAACGAACCCAUAGACACUACCGAGAAAAACACCGUCAUUAUAAAGAUCGAAGCUGAUGAGAACUCCAUGGUGGAAAUGGAAGAUAUUAAUAUUGUGAAAAUCUCGGAUAAAGAUUAUUUUGAAUCUUCAGACAUUGACGACGAGGAAGAAGCCGACGAGUCUCUUGGCGGUUACUACAUUGGAGAACAUAAUGAGAAAGCUUUACAUCAAGCACUGGGAAGCUGUAGAAAAGAUGUUGACUCUCUGGAUCAAGAUGGUGCAGAGACCAGCGACCCGGGUGCCUCUGACAUGGCAUGUGAACUGUGUGGUAUGACCGUCACCGAGCAGGACCUCUCCUCCCACUAUCUGUCUCAGCAUAUAGAAAAUAUAUGCGCAUGUGGUAAAUGCGGGCAAAUUCUUGUCAAAGGUAGACAGCUUCAGGAACAUGCCCAAAGAUGUGGAGAAGCUCAAGAGCGACUCGAGAACAGCGAGAGGAGCAUUGACGAGAGGAUGCACUUUGGAGACAGCAUGGAGGAGACAUCAGGAAUGGGAGAGCUAGCAGACAUGUGGGAAGACUUCAGUGAAGGGGGCAUUUGUGCGAACAGACAGAUCUAUAAACAUUCCUCUUGCCCGUACCGUUGCCCGAACUGCGGGCAGCGCUUCGGGGCCGAGAACCUGGUGGUGGAGCACAUGUCUCAGUGCUUAGACCAUGAAGUCUUCAGAAGUUCCCUGUCCGAUGACAACGAAAAAGAUCACCGGAGAAAACAUUUCUGUGACAUCUGCGGCAAAGGCUUUUUCCAACGCUGCCACUUACGGGAACAUUAUACUGUGCACACCAAGGAGAAACAGUUUUCGUGCCAGAUUUGCGGGAAGCAGUUUUUACGGGAGCGCCAACUUAGGCUGCAUAACGACAUGCACACCGGCAUGGCACGAUACGUUUGCUCGCUUUGCGACCAAGGAAAUUUUCGCAAACACGACCAUGUGCGACACAUGAUCUCCCACUUGGCGGCAGGAGAGACAAUAUGUCAAGUGUGCUUUCAGAUCUUCCCAAGUAACGAACUCCUAGAGCAACAUAUGGAUAUUCAUCUGUAUACCUGCGGAGUCUGCGGUGCAAAAUUUAACUUGAGGAAAGAUAUGAGGGCGCACUACAAUUCCAAGCAUUUUAAGAAAGCUUAAACUUUAAAACCGUUACCCGUAUUGGCAAAGAAACCAAAGAGCUAACCAUUUACACGUUACAUGGGAAAUCUGAUCAUAUAUGUGUUUUUAUAUAUAUAAUGUAUACAGUGUAUAUAUAGAAUAUAUAUAUACACUAAGUAAAUACAUAUAUUGUGCCUGUGAAAAUGUAUCUGAUAAGGGUGAGAAUUUUCUUAGUACUUUCUUUUUAUUUUUGGUUUAAUAUCCAUAUUCAGAUGUUUCUCAGAAACCAAUUCUAUGAAGAAAUGACUGGACGUAUCAUUACUGCCUUCCUGCUCCUUAUGUAUAGCAUGAUUUCUUGCCAUGUUUGCUUGUGUGUUUGGAAUUACCAUGAAGUAUAGCACCUUUUCAUGGUAUAUCACUUGCUGCUUGUUCCAAGACUGCGUAUUCUCUAGGGAGCCCUUCUUUGUACAUGAAUAGUAUACACAUUAAUGAGUAUGUAUGUUAAAGUGUAGCAACAUGCCGCCAUGAGACGAUGUAUAACCUAGGGUGGAGUAAAAAGUGCAAUUAAAAAAAAUUAUAGGAGAGGUGUGGCAUACAGUGGUUUUGCAGCGGUUUUUUUCGUGCCGUUUUUCUUCACUUUUGGUGCAUUUUUUAGGUCAUUGGAGUGUUUUCCUGAAGAAAAAAAAUACCACCCUAAAAUGGCUUGUAGGAAAUGCAUGAAAUUCAUAGUGUUUUUUUAUAGGCCAAAAAAGGCCCAAAAACAACUUGUGAAGAAAGCCUAAUGGAAGUAUCUACAUUUUCGUUGUGUUCUGGUACUUUAUAGGAACACUAUGGUGAUUCUGCUAAGCUGUGUUAUACCUAGUACAAGGACCAAAGUGGGGGAGCAUGAUACCGGGCUUCAGAUGAUAUCAAGGAGGUUCCCUCUGCCAUGCACCACCCCCUGGGCACUAGGCAUAAUGCACAUCUUAAAGGGGUUGCCCAGGCUUUUACUACUAUCAGAU